UUGAGCGCGUUUUAUGUGAUACAAAAAUAUUUAAAAUAUUAAAAUAACAAAAAUUUUCAAUUGCCCGCGUGCGUGUUUUUUCUGUUUCCCCUCAACCGCAGCAUUUAAUUUUUUUCCCUCCCCCAUUAUGUGUGCAAUUAUUAAAUAAAUUAUAAUCAACAAAAAAAAUUAAAUUGUGUGAAUUAAAAACAACAACAACAGAUCGUACAAUAUUGUGGGCAGCGCGAGUCAAAAGGAAAGAGAGAGAGAAGGAGAGCAGCAGAGAAAGAGAGAGAGCGAGCGAGAGAGAGGCAGCAAAAUUACACGCAUAUAUUGCGUAGCAAAGUUCUGAAUGAAAAAGUCGCGGCAUACGGGCGGACAGUACAGCAGGCGAUAAAUUUACCAGUCCUAAGCCAACUUCAACUAAAGUAAACAAUAUAUAACACUGCCAUAUUGCAACACAGAAGUAACUGACUAAAAACAACGCGAUUAACAACCAAAACUACCUCGUUGCUGGCCAGGCACAACAAACAGGCGCACACACACACAUACACACACACAACAAAACUGAUUGCUGUUUGGCCAAGAAGAAAGCGAAGACUGCGCCGCAAUUGAAAGUUAAAGCAUUGCCAAUGUAGCUGCCCUCCCCCUCUAGCUAGGAAAAUGGAACAACAAAUAUCCAAGAAGCACUAAGAACAAGCAGAAGGAGUAGCAGCAGAAGAAGCAGGAGCAGAAGCAGCAGCAUAAGCAGAGCAAAACAGGAGCAGGAGCAGCAGCAGCAACAGGCAACAGCCAGCGGGCACACAUUACGUAUACGCAACGUGCAGCAUGAUGAAGAGCCAGGGCGAUGUCGAGGCGCCGCCGGCGACGCCAACAGCAGCUGCAGCAGCUGCAGCAAAUGGGCAACAGAAGCAGCCAAAGCCAACGAAUGGUCACAGCAAUGGGAAUGGCAAUGGGAGUGGCAAUAGCAAUGGGAAUGGCUAUCAUCAGAAUGGAGGCGGUAGGCGUGACUCGACGCAGGCGUUUACGCCGCUGCUGGCGCAGCACAAUAGCACGCUGGGUGAGGCGGCAACGCCGGCCACGCCCACAACGAUGCUGUACGAGAGCACGCCGAGCAACAACAACGAGUGGAAGGCAUCGGAGGACAUUAACAAUUUGAAGAACGGGCUGCUCAGUAAUAACAACGGGAACGGGCACAGUCUGCGCGAAAAGUAUGCGCACGAGCAGGCGCCUUUGACCGGUGGCUAUAAGCUGCCCGGCGGCGGAGGUGUUGGAGGUGGCCGUGGUGUUGGCAGUGGCGGUGGUGCACGUGCACAUGGCAGCGAAUCGGAGGAAUCGGAUUUCGAUUCGGAUUUAAAUGGCGGCGGCGACGAGGGCUCCAAUUGCGGCCUCUUGGGCUGCCGGCCGCGUUGGGCGCGCCGCUUUGCGUCGACGCACGUGUUCAUGGUGGUGUUCCUGCUGGCGUACAUACUGCAGGGCAUGUAUAUGACGUACUUUGUCUCUGUGAUCACCACCAUUGAGAAGCUCUUCCAGAUCAAGUCCAAGACGACGGGCUUUCUGCUCAGCGCCAGCGAGAUGGGCCAAAUCAGCACCGCGAUGCUGCUCACAUAUUUUGCCGGGCGUGGCCAUCGUCCCAGAUGGAUCGCCUGCGGCAUGGUGCUCUUCUCCAUAGCGGCCUUCGCCUGCGCCCUGCCGCACUUCAUCUUCGGCGAGCAGCUGAUGCAGUCCAGCGUUUUCCUCCAGCCGCAGUCGCCCUCCCCGUCGUCCGCGUCGUCCGCUUCGUCCGCGUCACAAAAUCUGUGGAGCAAUGCCUCAGAUCCGAAUCUCUGCAUGCUGGGCGGCAAUGGCACACUGGCAGGCAGCGAGUGCAACGAGCAGCGCCAGCUGGAGCAGGCCUCCCACUCCAAGAUCACGGUCAUUGUGCUGUGCAUCUUCUUUGGCAGCCUGCUCAGCUCGGGCAUUGGCCAGACCGCGGUGGCCACCCUGGGCAUACCCUACAUCGAUGACAAUGUGGGCAGCAAACAGUCGCCCAUGUAUAUGGCGGUCACCAUUGGCAUGCGCAUCCUGGGCCCCGCCUCGGGUUUCAUUGUGGGCAGCUUCUGCACGCGCUGGUAUGUGAACUUUGCCAAUCCCGGCUUUGAUGCCAGCGAUCCCCGCUGGAUUGGCGCCUGGUGGCUGGGACCCGUCGCCAUUGGCAGCCUAAUGCUGCUCGCCUCAAUCGCCAUGUUCUCGUUUCCCAAGCAGCUGCGCGGCAAGCAGCAGGCACAGGCAACAGCUGCCGCCGUCGGUGCAUCCGCACCCGAGCUGGAGGAGAAGCCCAAGCUGAAGGAUUUCCCCAAGACCGUGCGCCGCCAGCUGAGCAACGAUAUACUCAUGUUCCGCACCGCGUCGUGCGUCUUUCAUCUGCUGCCCAUCGCCGGGCUGUACACGUUCCUGCCCAAGUAUCUGGAGACGCAGUUCCGGCUGGCCACCUACGAUGCGAACAUGAUAGCCGCCUUCUGCGGCAUCCUGGUCAUGGGCAUUGGCAUUGUUAUCUCAGGUCUAUUCAUAUUGAAGCGCAAGCCAUCGGCCAGGGGUAUCGCCGCCUGGAUAGCAUUUACCGCGCUCGUCUAUUCCGCAGGAAUGAUUAUACUCAUGUUCAUUGGCUGCAGCACCAACGAUUUUGCCGGCUACAAGGCGGGCGAUGCCAACAGUCCCGCCAUGAUAGAGCCCGCCUGCAGCGCCGUGCUCAACUGUACCUGUGAUAAGGAGAAUUUUGCGCCCAUUUGCGGCACCGAUGGCAAAAUGUACAUCUCGGCCUGCCAUGCCGGCUGCAGCAGCUCCACGCUGCGCGCCAGCGACAAUCGCACACUCUACUCCGACUGUGCCUGCAUUCCACAUGUCGCCGAGGCAGUCAAUGGUUACUGUGAUAAUAACUGCAAGAACUUCAUCUACUUUAUAUUGAUUUUUGCCAUUUGCGUAUUUAUGCAUUCCACCUCCGAGGUGGGCAGCAUGCUGCUCGUCAUGCGCUGCACACAUCCUAAAGAUAAAGCCAUGGCCAUGGGUGUCAUUCAGUCGGCCAUCGGCCUGUUUGGUAAUGUUCCUUGUCCGAUCAUCUAUGGCGCUGUGGUCGACUCGGCCUGUCUCAUCUGGAAGUCGGUUUGUGGCAAACAUGGCGCCUGUUCGCUCUACGAUGCGGACACCUUUAGGCAAUACUUUUUGGGCAUUACGGCUGGCAUUAUGUUUCUGGCGUUUCUCAUGGAUCUGGUCGUCUGGCGGAAGGCGCAUCGCAUUGAGAUUGCGCCCGAUCAGCCGGAAGGUGCUGCGCAUGCGCCGGCCACACGCUUGGAUCUGUCCGAGUCCAAGCAGCCCAUUGCCCAGCCGCCACCGGAUACGACGGUCUAAAACGGAGAGGGAAAGCUAAUCCGAAGGCAAAAGAAAACAAAAACACACAUUGCAAGAUUUCCAAUAAAUGUUUACCUUAA